AUGGUGUAUGUUGACCCGAGCUCAGCCGGAGCGACAGGAGAACCGGGAAAACGUGGUGAACCCGGACCAGUAGGACCGGAAGGUCCACCCGGACCACGUGGAUUUCUAGGAACACAGGGAUCUGUGGGACCACCAGGAGCUCUCGGACUUCCGGGAUCAGCUGGUAAACCUGGUCCACCAGGGAUGAAAGGCUCGACAGGUGGCCGGGGAAGGCCUGGCGAUCCCGGACCAGAGGGACAACCAGGACAAAAUGGAGUUAACGGCUUACCGGGACCCCCAGGUCCAAAGGGGGAUAAAGGGGAUGUUGGUAAUCCUGGAAAACUCGGCUUGUAGAGCGUCAACUCAAAGCUUGGGCGGCGCUUUUCAAGAGCUGUAAUUUUGGGAGUAAUCAAGGAACAUUAUCGUGAUAAUGUUACGUUUCUAGGCAAAUACAAGCGCCGUAAUAGAGCUCAGCUGUGUGAUUUAAUAUAUUCUUUACACAAAAGUCAAUCAUAAAUUAAUGUUAAGAGCCAUAAUCUGAGUUAUCACACUACUAUAUAUUUUUAUUUGGUGUUUAAUAUUUAGGCCUAUUACAGAGACUUUAAAAUCUACGAAAACAAUAACGAAUACCGUACUAUUAUGUCACAAAUACGUCACAUCAUACAAAUCAUCGCCUUCUAUGUAGUUUAAAAUCAAAACAUUUAAGGUUGGAACAAUUUGGAUACCAAAAUGAUCAUUCAAAUUUAUUUUGUCCUUGACAACGAAUUUUUCAUACCAUUGAUUCUUGGAAUAGAAUAGAUCAGCUGAAGAAAAUUAAAAUUGUUGACGUAACAGUAUUAUAUAUCGCUUACGUAAAGUCAGGUUUCCAUAACAUCGCUACAUUGUUCCUCCAUAGUUUUCACUGCAUUCAAUUCAGUAUUCUUCGUAGCUGUCCCUUAAGAAUCAGGAAGGCUGCAAACUUAAUGACUAUCGUGUUAAUAUUUGUGUUUAUUAUUUAUGUAUAUUUAAAAUAUCAUUCAACUUUAUAUUACUUAGAUUCUUUACGAUUCAUUUCACAAAUGUCGGUUAAAACUUAAAGUGUAGUCUGUAACUUUGACGGAACAAGAAGUUGCGGGCCAUACGGCCAGUUGCGUACCUAGGGUUCGUGGAGAGAGGUAGACAGGAGGGCACAUGCCCCCCUAAAUUACUCCCCCAGUCACCUACCACUCCCUUCCCAAAUGACGCUCAAGUAGUUAAUUACCUUAUUUUUCGAACUAGUGCCCUUUCCCACCUUACCCCACCCACCUCCUCUUAAGGCUACUAGAUACACCACUGCACACGGCAUGUUGUGAAUAAUAGGCAGUUUUCGCCGCAUGACGUUAACAUUAACGUUAACGGAUGAUGUCAUUUUCGAUUUCGAUUUUACGUGCUCGACGCGUGUUAGUUACGGGGUUGCGCAUGCGUAUUUCGAUUUGUUUACAAAAUGGGCGGAGCUACCGCGCUGCAUGUUGGGUACUAACGUUAAAGUUAAGGUUAACGUCGUGCGGCGAAACUACCUAUUACGGCUUGAUGUGGGCGACGUUAUGUUGUGAGCCUUGUUUUGUAAGACACGCGGUGUGCCUCCACGCCAAUUCCGGAACAGUUUGAAUUUUAAAAUUCACUUUCCUCAUACUAAGUAAUAUGGUUCUAUUAUAAGACAAGUUUUACUUAAACACUAAAUAUUUGUAUGCGAUUUAAUUACAGCGCGUGGGUAUAAUACCAAACGUUUAUUUUGGCCUAUAAGAGUGAGAAUAAUACUAGUAAAGGAAGAUUGAAUAUUAAAUAAAAUUUUCUAAAACAAUGCCAA